CGUUGUUCAAGGGGUUAUACAAAAAAUAAAUAAAAGAAGGGGUGGGGGGAGUGGAUUACUGUUAAUAUAUAAAUAGCUUCAUUCUUUUACGCUUCCUCUUUUUAUUCCUUAUUCUACAAUAUGCUUGGCUCACACAAUAACACCAUUUUUGAUAACCCAACCUUUAUUCAAAAGAUCAUGAAGAAGAAAUCUUGCUCUAAAUAUAACAUCAGACCCUUGUACACUGCUGACAUUGUAGCAGAAGUCGGUCCUUGGAAGAAACAGAUGAAUGCUGCAACUAAAGUAGCAACCACCUAUUCAUUUAGUCAACAGAGAAAACCAAAGACUUAUAAUCAACCAUCAGUUGCCCCUUCACUCACCCAUUCAGCCUCUACCAGCACAACCUUAUCUGAUUCAGCCAUACACAUUCCAACCGCAUCAGUUCGUAAGAGACCUCUCAGCUCUGAAAUACUCAUCAGAAUUAUGGAUCAGCGUAUAAUGAAGAAGCAACAAUUAUUGAAAGUAGCACAAUCUCCUCCUACCAAUAACCAAUUAAACCGUUCUGCUUCUGCUUCUACCUCUGCAAGCACUUCGCCUCGAUUAAAUAAAUUGUUAUUACCAACCUCUUCUAGUUCGACAACAAUUCGUAGAAAGAGUCUUACACGACAGACCAAUAUUUCCACAUCUUUGGGUCCUUCCAACUUGCAAAAGAUCAAGACCAGCAAAAGUGUCCUGAACAAAUUGAACCAUCAGACAGCUACACAACAAUUGAUUACAGAAUGGCCCUAUGUGUUGACACAAGAUAAUGACGAGCAAGAUCGUAUGGUAGCACAGCAUUAUUUAUUACGUACGGCCUUUGGAUCUGAUUUCUCUUCACCUAUCAAACCUCUACUUCAGAAGGGUAUUGUUGUAUUGGAUGUGGGGUGUGGUCCAGGCACAUGGACAAUGGAAAUGAGUACGGCUUUCCCUAAAUCCACGUUUAUUGGUAUCGAUCAAAGUGCAUUUUACCCCAGAGAUAUUAAGCCACGAAAUUGCCAUUUUCGAUCAUGCGGUUCAUUAGUACAACAUCAACUUCCAUUGCCAUUUCCCGAUAACAGCAUUGACUACAUUUAUCAGCGCGACAUCAAUUGGGGUCUCACUGGUCAAACUUGGCAACCGUUGCUACACGAAUAUCAACGUAUUCUUAAACCCGGUGGAUGGAUCGAAUUCGUUGAACCCGAUCUUGAAACACAAAAUAGCCUUAAAAAUGAGUGUACUUUAAAUGACAAACUCAUGACGGGUCUUUCUUUACGCCAACAGGAUCCUUACCUUGUACAUCGUUUACCCACUAUGCUUUCCAUUAAUGGUUUCCGCAAAGUCCAAGAUUGUACACAGGCAUUCCCACUUGGCUGGGGUAGCUCUCAUUCGACCAACAGUAGUGUCAUUAAUGAAGAUAUUCAAGCAGAGGAAGAAGGAGAAUUAUUAAAACCCAAUUGUUCAGAAUUUGCAAGAGCCAUGUCAAGUCAGUAUCUCUUCUUGUUAAAAUCCUUAAGGCCCUGGUUAUCCACUGUAAUGAAUCUCAGUUAUGAAAAGUAUGAUGAUUAUAUUUCUACUCUGCCUGCAGAAUGGACGCGUGCACAUACAUAUAUUAACUGGCACUGUAUUAUUGCUCAAAAGCCUCUUUAAACCUCCCCUUCCCCCAUUUGUUUAUUUUGUAUCAUAUUUUUUUCUUGCUUCUUAUGGGUUGACCCAUACUUCUUCUGAUUUUAAAAAAAGAAACCUUUUAUUU